AUGCACAAAGCUGUUAUCUCUGAUUUAAAUUCUGGUUUGAAACUUGAGUUAGCGCACUGGAAUGAUACUAAAUGGACUAAAAAGUUAUCACCAACUUAUGACGAUUAUUCUAAGACAUUUACUUUUCUAUUUGAUAAUUCUGAUGAUGAAAUCAUUAGCCCUCUCAAUGAUAAUAAAAUCAGUUUUGCAGCAUUCGUGGAAAGGAAAGAAGAUAAGCUAUUUCCACUUAAGCUUGGAAUCGAAUUAGGAGAUUUAACUUUUCCAGAAUUUGUAAAUAAUGAUUUAUAUAAAUAUGAAUUCAAUCAUCGAAGUAAC